AUGUCUACAUUAGCAAGUCCAUUGUCUGUUGCGGGUACGAGAACAUCGGGGGCUCCUGUGAGAACCCAAAAUGUAAUGGCUGCUUGUUCCAUCGCAAAUAUAGUAAAAAGUUCAUUAGGGCCUGUGGGUCUAGAUAAAAUGUUGGUAGAUGAUAUUGGGGAUGUAACCGUCACCAACGAUGGUGCUACUAUAUUAAAAUUAUUAGACGUUGAACAUCCUGCAGCCAGAGUUUUAGUAGAACUAGCUCAAUUGCAAGAUGAAGAAGUUGGAGAUGGUACAACCUCUGUGGUCAUAAUAGCUGCUGAGUUACUGAAGAAUGCUGAUGAACUUGUGAAGCAAAAAAUCCAUCCUACCUCAAUUAUUAGCGGUUAUCGACUAGCAUGCAAAGAAGCUUGCAAAUACAUUCAGGACCACCUUACCAUUCCAGUAGCAGAUCUUGGCAAAGAGUGUAUUGUUAAUAUUGCCAAAACAUCAAUGAGUUCGAAAAUUAUUGGAAGUGAUUCAGAUUUCUUUGCUAAUAUGGUAGUUGAUGCUGCAAAUGCAAUUAAAGUAAUAGAUUACAAAGGAAAUCCAUUGUAUCCAAUUAAGGCAGUAAAUGUUUUGAAAGCUCAUGGACGUAGCACCAAAGAAAGUGUUCUUAUUCAAGGAUAUGCUCUUAAUUGCACUAUAGCCAGUCAAGCAAUGCCCAAGAAGAUUGUCAAUGCUAAAAUUGCAUGUCUUGACUUUUCUCUUCAGAAAGUUAAAAUGAAACUUGGUAUUCAGGUAUUAGUAGAAGAUCCUGAUAAAUUGGAAGGAAUUCGUGCUAGAGAAUUGGAUAUAACUAAGGAAAGAAUUAAGAAAAUUUUAGCAACAGGAGUAAACGUCGUCCUUUUAACUGGUGGAGUGGAUGAUACUUGCAUGAAACUUUUUGUAGAAAGUGGAGCAAUGGCUGUUAGAAGAGUAAAGACAAAUGACUUGAAGCGAAUUGCUAAAGCCACAGGGGCUCAAUUUUUGCAUUCUUUAAGCAACUUGGAAGGUGAAGAAAGUUUUGAUGUCAGUAUGGUUGGGGAAGCUGCUGAAGUCGUUCAAGAAAGAAUUUGCGACGAUGAAUUGAUUCUUAUUAAAGGACCAAAGGCCCGUACUGCUGCUUCCAUAAUCCUUCGUGGUCCGAAUGAUUUCUUUUGUGAUGAGAUGGAGCGUUCCGUCCACGAUGCGUUGUGCGUGGUUAAAAGGGUUCUGGAAUCAAAAAGUGUGGUAGUAGGAGGUGGUGCCGUCGAAGCAGCCCUUUCCAUAUACCUAGAGAACUUUGCUACAACCCUUAGUUCACGGGAACAACUUGCCAUUGCCGAAUUUGCAAAAAGUCUCUUGGUAAUUCCAAAGACAUUGGCAGUGAAUGCGGCUCAAGAUGCAACCGAUUUGGUGGCGAAGUUAAGGGCUUAUCACAAUUCAAGUCAGACCAAAGUUGACCAUGCACAUUUGAAAUAUGUCGGUCUUGAUCUCUUGGAGGGUACCGUUAAGGAUAACAGGAAAGCUGGUGUUUUGGAGCCGACUAUUUCUAAAAUUAAAUCGCUCAAGUUCGCAACAGAAGCUGCCAUUACAAUACUAAGAAUUGAUGACAUGAUUAAACUUGACCCAGAAGAUAGAAAGACCAAGAGCUAUCAAGAAGCCUGCGCAGCCGGAGAAUUAGAAGGCUAAUACUUAAGCAAAUAAGAAUGAGCUUGUUUGUAUUUUACAAGAAAAAAAAUUGAAAAAUACGAUUGAACCUUUUUGUUGUGUUGCAUUUCUAAGAAUCCUAUUUUUCGAAGUUCGUUUAAGCAGACAUAUUAUUUAAGCUUGUAGCCGUUUAUAUAUUAAUAAAAUUUUUUAGAACAUAACAAUA